AUGAAUACAAUCAAGAUUCAUUGCUAUGUUGUUUUUAUUAUUUUUAGUAUAACAGUUCAAAUCGAAUCUCAAAUACAUGAGAAAACAUCUCAAUAUGGUCCAUAUUCAACAAAUAAUAAAACUAAUCUUAAAUGGAAACAAAAUGCCAUCACUGUGGCUGGUGGAAAUGACGAAGGCAAAAAAUUAAAUCAACUCUAUGGCCCUCACGGAAUCUUUAUUGAUAAAAACAAAAAUAUUUUCAUUGCUGAUUCUUGGAAUAAUCGUAUUAUUGAAUGGAAAUAUAAUGCAAAAGAAGGACAAAUCAUUGUAGGUGGAAAAGGAAUGGAUCAAUUGAAUGAGCCAACAGAUGUGAUUGUUGAUCAACAAAAUCAUUCGAUCAUCAUUGCUGAUAAGGGGAACAGACGAGUGAUUCAAUGGUUGAAUCAAAAUCAACAAAUUCUCAUUGACAGUAUUGACUGUUGGGGCUUGGCAAUAGAUAAAAAUGGAUUUCUUUAUGUUUCUGAUCAUAAGAAGAAUGAAGUGAGACGAUGGAAAAUGGGAGAAUAUAACAAUGAAGGAAUUAUAGUGGCAGGUGGAAAUAAAAAAGGAGAUCAACUCAAUCAAUUCAAUUCUCCUACUUUUAUCUUUGUUGAUGAAGAUCAAUCAGUAUACGUAUCAGAUGAGAACAAUCUUCGUGUGAUGAAAUGGGGAAAAGAUGCAAAAGAAGGAACAAUUGUGGCUGGAGGAAAUGGUUACGGACGAGAUCUCAAUCAAUUAUCGUCACCUCAAGGAGUCAUUGUUGAUCAUUUGGGUCAAAUCUAUGUGGCUGAUUAUUGGAAUGAUCGAAUAAUGCGUUGGUGUGAAGGAAAACAAGACGGUGAAAUUGUUGUUGAUGGAUAUGAGCAGAAAAAUCAAACAAAUCAAUUGGUUUUUUCCUCUGGUUUAUCUUUUGAUGAUGAAGGAAAUCUUUAUGUUGCUGAUCAUUUUAAUCAUCGAAUUCAAAAAUUUGAAGUAAUUUUUUUAUCAAUUAAAAUUAAAGAAUCACAAGGUGAAGUUUGUUCAACAGCAACAUGGUCAAAACAUGGAAUUACAGUUGCUGGUGGAAAAGGUUUUGGAAGAAAACUUGAUGAAUUAGCUGAUCCUUAUGGAAUAUUUCUUGAUGAUAAUGAUGCGAUUUAUAUUGCAGAUCGUUCAAAUCAUCGUGUUGUUAUGUGGAAACAAAAUGCAACAAUUGGCCAAUGGAUUGCUGGGUUAAAAGAAGAUGAAGAUGAUACUCAUGCACUUCCAUUAAAUAUGCCACAAGAUAUUGUUGUUGAUAAAAAUGGCACAGUAUAUAUAAGUGAUGGAGGAAAUUAUCGUGUUGUUCGAUGGUAUCAAAAUGAACAAAAAGGUGAAGUUCUUAUUGAUCAUAUACAAGCUGUAGGAAUUGCACAAGAUAAUCAAGGAUUUAUUUAUGUAUCAGAAUAUGCCAAUGGUCAAAUUACAAGAUGGAAUUUUAAUGAUGAUGAUGAAUUAAGUGGAGAAAUUGUUGCAAAAAAUUUAGGUCAUACAAAUUUUAUAUUUAUUGAUCAGAAUGGAUCAGUUUAUUCUGCAGGUAUUUUAAAGGAUCGAAUACUUAAAAUAAUUGAAGGAAAUGAUGAACCAAUUCUUAUUACUGCUCAAUAUGAUUCUUCAGAACAUCGAUUUGAUCAACUUAGUCGUCCGUCUGGUGUUUUUGUUGAUGCACAAGAAACAGUUUAUGUUGCAGAUACACAAAAUCAUAGAAUUAUGCGCUGGUUACAAGGUGCAACGAAUGGAACAUUAAUUGUUGGUGGAAAUGGUAAAGGUUCUGCAUCAGAUCAAUUAGAUUAUCCUUCAGAUUUAUUUCUUGAUCGACAAGGAAAUUUAUAUGUUACGGAUACUUUGAAUAACCGCGUACAAAAAUUUCUUAUUGAUGAAAGUUCUUGUCAAAAGAAUUAA